AUGGCGACUCGAUUUGGAAAUUACGACGAUGAUGCCGUUUGGACCAGGGGUACAUACGAAAUGAGGCCCAGAAGUCCAGGACCUAUUCCGCCAGCUAGUCCAAACAAUGGAGUGUAUUACAAUGCUCCCGGGAAUAUCCCUCACACAACGAUGGUACAUUCGAGUAUGAAGCCAGUGCCUGAUUCUGACAUAUAUAAGUAAGUUGUUUAAAAUAUGUCUUGUAUUUCUUUUCUGUUAAUGUACCUGGAUAUUUCAGAGUUGGAAUAUACGGCUGGCGAAAGAGAUGUCUCUAUGGCUUUAUAGUACUUUUAACAAUUGUUAUUGUGGUGAAUCUGGCAUUAACAUUAUGGAUCAUGACUGUGCUGAAUUUUACUUCUGAUGGAAUGGGAGCAAUGAAGAUUGACGAUGAAGGGAUCCGAGUUGAAGGGAAAACGGAGUUUGAUAGGCCUGUUAAAUUCUCCGAACUUUCUACUCCAGAGGUAUUAGAGUUUCGUAUUACCUAUUUUUUCUUUAGGACGAAGCCUUGUUCAUUGAUUCAGCUUCUGGGGUUUAUAUCAAUGCCCGGAAUUUGAGUGGUCAGACAACUGCUGGGUUAAGUCUGAAUCCAGAUGGAAAGAGUUCUGUCGUCUGUCAACGUUUUGAAGUGCUUAAUAUGGAUCAUAAACUUUUGUUCUUUGUUGAUUCUGAAGAAAUUGGAUUAAAGCUGGAGAAUCUGAGGAUCCUGGAUGACGGGGGAAGUGUAUUUGAAGGAGCUGUUCAGACCUCUUCGAUUCAACCUGAACCGGACACUCCAUUGAAGUAGGAUAUAACCUUUUAAAACAUUUUUCUUCAUAGGCUGGAAUCACCAACCAGAAAUUUGGAGAUUGAUGCAGGCCAGGACAUCGAACUUCUGAGUGGAGCCGGGGAGAUUCAACUAAAUUCUCUGCUUGAUAUCAAUUUGAAUUCAAAACAUGGAGAGGUCAGAAUUGAUGCCGGUAACAUCUUUAUGUCUGGAUUAGAAAGAAGCAACGGUGUUGGCCAAGCCCAGCUUCAGUUAUGUGUUUGCCAAGACGGGAAGCUCUUUUUGGCGGCCCAAAGAGCUGAUUGUCGGGCUGAUAGAAGCAUUUGCGAAUAA